AUGAGUUCGGGCCAAAGCGCCCCGCUACUUCACCCACACAUUGCGACCUCGUCGUACAACCCGAAUUUGUCGGACGUGCCUGCUCUUACCAACCAAUUCUACAACAGCAAGCUGACACAAGCUGAAGCUCGCGAUUUGGCGCAGCGGUUUUUCGACAAGCGCAGCGCAGACAAAACGGCUUAUUUCGACAAUCAUGCGAAGCUCCACCAGUUUCUGAAAGACAUUGACCCCGGUCUUGCUGCGAAACUCUCCCCUCCGGAUCUCACCUGGUACUUUGACGAACAGCCACCUGUGACAAGCCCGAUCAAUCCGUACUGA